GACGCGCAACGCUUCAGUCUCAACGCAAACUCGACGAAAAACGCAACCGUAACGAACUAAGCGCGCUAGUCACUAACGCGUCGGCGGCAAACGGCAAAACACAAAAAAAAAAAAUAGUAAAAUAGAAAGAAACUUUUGUCUAAGUUUUUUCUCUAAGUUAAUGCAGUAGAACUUAAGCGAACCAAACGUUGUUUAAGCUAAAUCUUUCAAAUGUCUUGAAAGUGUAUUUUUUUAAUUUUCCCCUAAGCAAAUGUUUUGAAUAACAUAAUGUCGACUCGAACCACGACGACACAUGCCUGUCCAUCAACGACCACGCCCACAUCUCUUACCCCCACACCCAGCACCAACAACAUAUUGCACACACACUUAGCAACAACAACAACAGCGGGAAUGUCUAACUUAAGUACGAGUAAUGUUAAUGUUAACCGCCCAACAACAACAAUAACCAACACCCGACAGCACACGACCCUCCUUAAUACGAUGUACACACAAGCGGAGAGCAUCAGUUGGCGUCUACGCCAAUAUUGCAUAGAGGCCAUAACAACAGCGAAUAGCAGACAAAGAAGAAGAAGAAGGCGUGAUGAUAUUAACAACAACAACAACAAUUGUAGCACCAAUAACUACAGCAAUAGCAACUAUGCGACGCAUUGCAGUAGUAACAAUUGCAUACAAAACAACAACAACAAUAAUAAUAACAACUACAACAACAACAGUUUCGCCUAUAGCACGGCUUCGCAUGCGGCGCAAACUGACGCUGUUUACCAUGAUCACAACAACAACAAUAAUAAUAACAGCUAUAUGAGUAACAAUAACAACAACAAUAAUAAUAAUGCUAACUGCAGCAGCAGCAGCAGCAGCAACAGCAAUAUUAGCAACUUAAGUAAACCCGUAACAACAACACUAAGUUCACCUGCAAUACAAUUGUACAAUGUGAUUGCGCAAAGCUUAAGUAGUUCAUCUACAGCGAUCACCUACAUCACGGCUCUCCUUAUCCUCACCACGCUAUGUUCCUGCUGCGCUGCCUCACCCUGCGACCGGCAAAGCUGGUGGGAUCCGCUAAAGGAUAAAUGUAUUCCGUGUACUGUGUGCCAGGGCGAACUGAUACCAUUGCGUCCGUGUCAGAUGGAUCGUGACACGAUAUGCGGCACUAUCUAUGAUCUGAAGAUCGAUUGGGUGGUGCUGGCGAAAACGGAGCCCAAUUGGAAGGAGCGCCGAAAGGAUGACGACAACUUUGAAUUGGAUCAACAGUUGUCACACGAAGAGCUGCAGCAAUUGCAGGACGGCACACUGCCGAUGGAUUGGCAGACAACGGCACUCUUUAUGGCCGUAUUGGCCUGCUUAAUCUUCUUCAUCAUAGCCGCUGGCAUUUUGGUGCAUCAUAUGCGGCAAUGGCGGCGUAUGGAACGUCGUCUCGAUCAAGAUGUUGAAGAAUUAUCUACAAAAUUAAUGGCGAAAUUAGCUGAAGUACAGAGUAUGGAGGGUGGCACAUUCUUUAUUGGCAACGCCGAUGCAUUAGGUGUAUCAACGAAUUUCCAGCCGCAACAUGUGCUAUUACCGGAAAAACCGGCAAAGCAUCACCAUGAACGGCGUAUCUUAAAAACAUUACAACCCGGUAAUGUUUAUAUUGAGGAAAAUGGCUCAAAGGGUUGAGUCAGACACGCUUAAGCACUAAGCUCUUACAAUUAAUGUGAAUUGGAGAUAUGUAUGAAGUCAACACAAUAACUUUUCUAACGGACGAAAAAUAUACCGUAAUUAAAUAUAUGCAUAGUUGAGUGAAAGUAACUACGUAAAAUACUACUUAAUUAAAAUGAAAACAAAACGAUGUUUAACAAGUAAUUAAAGCGACAAAAACCAACCAUAAAAAUUUAUGACUUUUAACUACUUACUAUCUAGUUGCUAUAAAUGGCAGUACGGUAUGGUAUGCGCUAUAAAAAAUCAAAAGAGAAUUUUAUGGAAACUAUGAAAAUAAUACAAAGUAAUAAUAAAUAACAUACGAUCAUAAUAAUUGACGCUAUUUCUUUUUUUUUUUGUAUUUUACUGUACAAAAAUUCGUAUAUAAUCAUAUUGACAUAGCAUACGUACUGGCGUAUACCCUGCGGGAAUUUUUUUAAUGGAAUAAGAAUUUUGUUUUAUAUUAAAUUAAAUUAAUUACGACCACAAAAAUAGUAAUAAAAUUGAUGAAACAGCAAAGACAACACUUCUUUCAGAAAUUUCGAUAUUUUUAAUGAAUAAUUAAUUUUUUUAAUUGUUUUGUUUAAUGUUUUUUUUUAUCACAUUACUUUCCUUUAUCCACCAAUUUCGGUUUAAAAAUAAUUUAAAAUAAUAUUAAAUAAAGUGCCUUAGUCUCACAAAAUAUAUUUUCAGAAUUUUGUAUGAAUUUCUUAAUUUAAAAAACAAAAACACUAAAAUGGCUUCGAAUUAAAAAAUAUUAUUUUAAAAAAUUUUGUUAAUUAAAAUUGCUCCAUUAAAUUAUUUUCUCGCAGGGUAUUUGUGUAUAAUAGCAACUAUACAAUUCAAAUGUGUGAAUAUAAAAUUUUAUGGCUUAUAUAACGGAACUAUGUACUCGUUUAUUCGUAAAUUUAGGCAUGUGCAUAAUAUUAAUGUACAUAUGUCCUAUGUAUGGUAUAUUUAUGGUUAGAAUACUUCGCUCUACUAAUAUUUACCUAGAUUCUUUGUUGUUGACUUGUUGUAAAAUUAUUAUUGUGUAAUUAAAAGUAAAAAAAUAUAUUUUUUUCUAAAUUAACUAUCAAAAAUUACUUAUGUAAUUAACUUUCAAUAAAUAAAUAUAUAAAAAAAAAUAAAUAAAUAAAAUAAUAAAAAAUAAAAUAAAAAAAUUUAAGAAACAUAAAAAUUAAUAAAAAAUGAUUUAAUUGGAAUAAUAUUAAAAUUUAUAAAAGAGAAAGAAAUAAUUAAAUAAAACUAAUUAAAAUAAAUAAUUAAUAAAAAACCUGAGUUUUAAAAUAAAAAAUAUAAUAAAAAAAAACUUAAAUAAAAUUAAUUAUAAAAAAAUAUAAUAAAAUAAUAAGAAAAAAUAAAUAAAAAUAAUUUUAAAUAAAUAAAAUACAAUAAAUAAUAAAAAAACUCAGCUUUCUAGUUUCUAUUAAAGGCUAUAAAUAUUUACGUUUGUAUGCAUUUGAUAUAAAAAAAAAUAAUAAAAUUAUUGUAAAUAUGCAUAAUAUUAAUAUAUAUGUAACUGUAUGUUUAUGCUAACAUUAGAAACCAUUUUUUAAACUAUUAAUCUAUAUAAAUAUAUACAUAUAUUUAUAUUAAUAACCCCAAAAUUUAUUAUAAAAUAAUUUUUACUUAAUGUAAAUACUAUAAAUGUUUAUAUUGCUAAAUAUUUGGCAUAAAGAAACUAAGUAUAUCACAAACAUAUCCAGUAACAGUAAUUUAUGCUAAAAUAGGCAUAGUUCGAUUACAAUUGCUUAUACUUAAAAAGAUAAAAAGAUAAAAAAAUAAAAAAAAUAAAAA